AUGAUAGAUGUUCUUUUAAUGGCUAGAAAAGCAAUUGAUGUGUCAAGGGAUACUUGGUUUAGAAUGAAGACUGGAACAUAUAAAACAGAUCUUGCGAGGGAAGAAAGUGAAGUUAUGGAGACAAACCUUAUUCUUCUUGCAUGUUUGUUGAAGGUCAAUGAAGCUAGUCAAAGUAGUAGUCAACAAAAAAAUUAUAAGACAAGGUUUACUGCGGUGCUAGAUUGUAUUAGAUUUCUCUUGAUGCAAGAAUUGCUAUCUCGUGGUCAUGAUGAAUUGAAAGAGUCUCUUAAUAAAGAAAAUCUAAUUGAGCUACUAAAUUGGUAUGCAGCUCGUCGUAAGAAAAUUAAUGAAGUACUAUUUAAUAAUGCUCCUGGAAAUGACCAAAUGACUUCACCAAGCAUCCAUAAGGAUUUGGUUAAUUGUUGUGAAGUAGAGACGACAAUGUCUAUGAUCAAUGAGAUGGACGAUUCUUUGUUUUCAAUUUUGGUUGAUGAGUCUCGUGACAAUUCUAUAAAAGAACAAAUGACAGUUGUUUUGAGAUUUGUUGACAAAAGUGUGCAGGUGAAGGAGCGUUUGUUGGGCAUUUGCCACAUCGCUGAUACUUGUGCCCAAUCACUCAAGGAUGUCGUUGAUGCAAUAUUUUCUACACAUGGAUUGAGCAUAUCUAGCCUGAGAGGUCAAGGUUAUGAUGGAGCAAGCAAUAUGUCAGGUGAGUUCAAUGACUUAAAAGCUUUAAUUUUAAGAGAGAGCACAUGUGCUAUGUAUAUUCAUUGCUUUGCUCACCAGCUUCAGUUGACAGUUGUUUUUGUGGCACAUAGGAAUGUUAUGCUUAGUGAUUUAUUUAACAUGCUUGCUAUUAUUGUGAAUUUGGUUGGUGCAUCAUGUAAACGUGUAGAUGCUUUUCAAACAAGUUAUCAUUUUGAAAUUCUGGAGAUGCUUAAUAUCGAGGAACUUUCUAGUGGAACUAGUCAGUUUCAAGAAAUGAGUUUGGCACGCCCAGGUGUUACUAGAUGGGGCUCACAUCUAAAGACAGUUACUCACUUUAUUAUUAUGUUUAAUGCGAUCAUAGAUGUUCUUGAGAAUAUAUCAGAAGACAACAUAAGUUUUCAGCAAAAAUCAAUGGCCAUAAGACAAAUGAACACUAUGCAAGAUUUUCAAUUUGUGUCCAGUCUCCAUUUUAUGUUUGAAAUUCUU